AUGUCCGCCCAAGAAGAACACCAGGAGCAAGACCAACAGAUCAACGACGAAGACAUUGUCGAGGUCGUGGAGGACGACGGCGACGACAUUGGCAUGGACUCGGACUCGGACGGGGACAAUGACAAAUACGACGGCGAAAUCAUCAUCGGCGGUCCUGGGCCUGGCGAGGAGGAUGAGAUGAUGAUGGAGGAGGAGGAGGGAGAGGGGGAGCAGCAGAGGGAAGACAACAGCGUUGGCGUAAAUUCCGUCCACGCCGAAGGCCAGUCUGUCUUUACCAUUGCUCUCCACCCAUCAUUCCCCAAUCCCCCCUUAGCAAUCUCUGGCGGUGAAGACGACGUCGGCUUCAUCUUUUGCCCCAUCCCUGCCGACCCCUCUGGCAUACUACCGUUCACCAGCGAAACGUUUACUCCCAUCAAGCUUGAUGGGCACAGCGAUAGUGUGGUGAAUGCGGCGUUCAACUUUGAUGGCGAGAUGGUGGCUACGGGUGGUAUGGACGGCAAGGUGGUUGUGUGGCAGAGGACCAAGCCUGAAGCUGCGAGUGAACAGGCGACUGUUGAGGAGUGGAGCAACUGGCAGAAGAUUCAAGAGCUGGAGACGGGAACCGAGAUUUCUUGGUUACAAUGGCAUCCCAAGGGUAAUGUCGUGGCUACAGGGUGUGAAGACGCGACCGUCUGGCUAUGGAACUUGCCAUCUGGUAACACCCUGAACGUUCUCUCCGCCCACACCAUGACCAGUACCGUCGGUCUCUUCACUCCCCCCGGCAAGCAGCUCCUCACAGCCUCCAUCGACUCUUCCCUCAUCCUCUGGGACCCCCGUGAUCCUUCGCCCAUCUGGAAAUCCUCCAUCUUUACACCUCCCAACUGGCCCGACCUCGACCCCUCAGAACACGGUAUCACCGCCCUCGCUGUAUCUCCCAACGGCCAGAUCGCUGCCGUCGGAAGUGCAGGCGGGCAGGUCAAGCUCGUCGGUGUAGCAAAGGGUGAUCAGCUGGCUACCAAGCUCGUCGGGCACGCCGAAGGCGAGAGCGUGGAGGCGCUCGUCUUUGUCGACCUCUUGAACGGUGCUACGGGCGGUAACAAGGGCGUCGUCCUCGUCUCUGCCGCUACAGACGGCAAAGCCUUCGUCUGGGACGUCGCCACAGGCCGAGUCCGCGCCGAACUGUCCCACUCUGAACCCAUCACCACCGUCACAGCGCACCCCUUCCCGCAGCUCCACCUGGUCACGACCGCCUCUGCCGACAGCACGCUCAAGACGUGGGAUAUCCGUACGGGCGCGUUGGUGGGGACGCAUACGGGGCAUAUGGGGGUGGUGAAUGGGGUGGCGGUGGCGCCUGCGCCUGGGGGAGAGGGGAAGGCGCUCGUUAGUGCGGGAGAUGAGGGUGUUAGUUUGAUUUGGAAGAUAUAG